AUGCAACCCGCAAGACCAACCGUUAAGACCGCCGAGGAUCUCGACGGCGGCACCGCCCGACGCGUAUCAAGCCAUGACCCAGAAAAGAUCCAAUCGAGCGCUGGCACCACUCAAAGAUUCAGCGAGCAGAUCCCCCAUGAGAUGCUCGAAGAACUAGCUCCCAACGGGGAGGGCGAUUACAUCUGCGAAAAGGUCGACAACAUGACCGAGGAGGAGGCUACCGCCAUCGUGCAGGAAUCCGUGCGAUUCCACGCCGACGACUGGAACUUCCCCUCGGAGAUGCGAGAACGUAUGAAGCACCUUCUCGAAGGCCCCAAGGUGUAUGGGGAAUUUUACGACCGGGACUUGAGAGUCGAUGCCACCCUGAUGCGCUACUCGUCACCUUACCCAGGAGUUCGUGCAGUCCAGGAGUUGAAAGAUGACCCGACGGUGCCGAUUGAGACUAUCAGGGCAUACUUCUUGGGGGUGGCGUGGGCGGUUAUUGGAACCUUUAUGUCUACUUUCUUUAACAGCAGAUUUCCGUCUAUCGGUCUUAGUGGGUCGGUUAUUCAGAUCUUGCUAUAUCCAUGUGGGAAGUUCCUCCAAUACGUGCUGCCAGAUUGGGGCAUCACAGUCUUUAGUGUUCGUCACUCGCUCAACCCUGGACCGUGGACAUUCAAGGAGCAGAUGUUUGCUACGAUUUGUUACAAUAUUGCCAUUUAUACCACCAACUCAUAUGGAAUGAUCUUGGUACAAAAAAUGGAUGUAUUCUACGGCCUCAAAUUUGUCAACUUCGGAUAUCAACUCAUGUUAACGCUUUUUGUUCAACUCAUGGGCAUGGGAUUUGCCGGGUAUCUGCGCAGAUUCAGUGUAUACCCUGUCAAGGCGCUGUGGCCGACCAUCCUUCCAACAAUCGCCAUGAAUCGAGCUCUGACAAGACCCGAACCAAGGGAAAACAUUUACGGGUGGACCAUUUCCCGCUACCGCUUCUUUUACAUAUGCACGCUCAGUAUGGCGGUCUACUACUGGCUGCCAGGCUACCUCUUCACUGCGCUUUCAACAUUCAACUGGAUGACUUGGAUUGCCCCGAACAACGUGCUUCUUUCUCUUCUGACCGGCUCAAUAACAGGCCUGGGACUGUUCAACCCGAUCACCACGUUCGACUGGAAUGUUGCUACAAGCUCGUAUGCUGCGCUAUCGCAACCUUUCUUUGCCACCUGCACCAUGUACUUUGGCGGUAUUCUCGGCGGCCUUAUCAUCCUGGGCAUAUACUACAAGAAUAUGAACUACACGGGGUUUCUGCCCAUCAACUCUAGCUCAGCCUUUGCCAACGAUGGGACAACGUAUCAGGUCCAGAAGGUGGUGGUCAACAAUCAACUGGACCAGACCAGGUACCAGAACUACUCACCACCUUUCUACUCAGCUGGAUAUAUCCUGACAGUUGGAGCAAACUUUUGCUUUUACCCAGUCUACUUCCUCUAUAUCAUGAUCAACCAAUGGAAGACUAUCGGCCAAGCAUAUAAGGACUUCUGGCACGGCUUGAGGCAUGGGAAGGGAAAUUAUGCCGGCGCAAUGGACGUUCAUAGCCGGCUCAUGGCACAAUAUCCCGAGGUCCCGGAUUGGUGGUUCCUCGUCAUCCUCGUGGGCGCAAUUGUUGUAUCGGUCAUCUUUCUCAAGAUCUACCCCCUCGAUACUCCGGUAUGGCUUGUCUUUCUCGUCAUUGGAAUCAACCUCGUUUUUGCCGUGCCGUUGUCGUUCCUGUCGGCAACCACUGGCACGAACCUUGGCCUGGGAGCAUUGAUCCAAGUAAUAACAGGCUUUCUGUUACCUGGAAACACCAACGCAUUCCUGUUUGCGCAGACACUAGGGUCCUGGGCUCUAGCAGGAUAUGGCGACAACAUGGUCCAAGACCUGAAGAUGGGACACUAUGUGCGGAUUCCACCCAGAGCCGUGUUCAGGAGUCAGAUCGGGACCAUCAUCCUCACAGUCUUUGUUGCUGUCGGAACCCAGGACUUCAUCAUGAACAACGUCAAGGGCCUUUGCACUCCCGACCAGCCUUCCCGCUUCACCUGCGCCAACGACGGGAAUCCCCUCUAUGCCAGCUCUUUGAUGUGGGGCCUUCUCGGAUCGGACCGCAUGUUCAACUCCCUCUACCCCUUGUUCAAGUGGUGUUUCCUCAUCGGCACUUGCAUCGCCCUGUCCUUCCUCUUCGGGCAAACCUACGGCCCUCGCUAUCUCCCCGGCGUCAAGGAAAAGCUCCGCAGCCGUCUGUCGCCGCGCCCGUUUGCCAUGCUGGACCGCACCUUGUUCCCCUUUGUCGCGUCCCUCCUCUGGCUGAACCCCAUCCUGGUCAUCCAGGGCGUGCAGCACUGGGCGCCGAGCAACAUGAGUUACAAGACGCCUGGGUUCAUCCUCUCGUACGUGUUCAUGUACUGGAUGCCAAAACACCGAUUGGCGUGGUGGGAGAAGUACAAUUACGUCUUGUCGGCGGCGUUGACGGCGGGCGUGGCCAUCAGCGGGCUGAUCAUCUUCUUUGCUGUAGGGUAUAAUCCGAGGAAGCUGGAGUGGUGGGGGAACACGGUUAGCGGAGCGGGGGUAGACGGAAGAGGGACGGGGAUUCUGGAGAUUCCGAGGGAUAGAGGGUAUUUUGGGCCGGAGAAGGGGACGUUUCCUUAG